CAGGAUUGGCUGGAAUUGUGUACUUUCACCUCUUAUUGAAAAUUAUAAAAUUAGAGCAGUCGCAGAAAACCUCCCAGUCAUAACACAAGAUUGAUUGAAAGUCAUCACCCAUGGAUGGAAUCGCUGUUAAUUCACCAAGUCAGAAUUUAGAGGACAUCGCAACCACUUUGGGGUGCAGGAUUGUGGAUGAGAAACUUGCCUUUUACUUAGAUCAGCAAGACAAACUGCAACACCUCAAAGACGAGUUCCAUAUCCCCAAAGUCAAAGACCUCCCUUUUGUUGACCUGACCUUGGUUAAGCCAGAAGAUAACUGUAUUUACUUAUGCGGACACUCUCUUGGACUGCAACACAAGAAGGCCAAGGUGUACUUGGAUGAGGAGCUUGAAAAAUGGGCGAAAAUAGGUGUUCAUGGCCAUUUCAUGGGUUCUCGGCCUUGGGCAACAGGAGAUGAAUGCAUCGUUGAUCUCAUGGCUAAAGUAGUUGGUGCUAAAACUGAAGAAACUGCGUUGAUGAAUGGACUGUCUGUGAACUUACACCUACUGCUGCUGUCCUUCUACAAGCCAACAUUGAACAGGCACAAGAUCCUCCUGGAAGCCAAAGCAUUCCCUUCUGACCAAUAUGCUGUGGAGUCUCAAAUUCGGCUUAAUGGACUGGACCCUCAGGAAAGCAUGCUUCUGCUGUCUCCGAGAGAGGGAGAAGAGACCCUCAGAAUGGAAGACAUUCUUUCGACAAUAGAGAAAGAAGGAAACUCUAUUGCUGUGAUCAUGUUCAGUGGAGUACAGUACUAUACUGGGCAGCUGUUUGACAUGGCUUCAAUAACAAAAUCGGGACAUGCAAAGGGAUGUUUCGUUGGCUUUGACCUUGCGCAUGCUGUUGGAAAUGUAGAAAUAUAUUUACAUGACUGGGGAGUAGACUUUGCCUGCUGGUGUACUUAUAAGUAUCUGAACUCUGGCGCUGGAGGCUUGGGUGGAGCAUUUAUACAUGAAAAACAUGCCCAUAAUAUUAAACCUACAUUGACUGGAUGGUGGAGCCAUAAAAUGGAAACAAGAUUUCAGAUGGACAAUGUAUUGAACCUGAGUCCUGGGGUGAAUGGCUUUCGAAUAUCAAAUCCUCCCAUUUUAUUGGUUUGUCCACUGCAGGCUACCUUAGAGGUCUUCAAUCAGACUGAUAAGAAAUCACUGAGGCGGAAAUCUGUGCUGCUUACUGGUUACUUAGAAUACCUGAUCAAGCAUUACUUCUCAAAGGAUCCUGAUAAUCCACAGAAACCAUAUUUGAAUAUAAUUACUCCCUCUAAUGUUGAAGAACGAGGAUGCCAACUCUCACUAGCGUUUUCAGUGCCUAUCAAAUUUGUCUUCAAAGAGCUGGAGAAAAGAGGUGUUGUACUGGGAGAAGCCUCUUCAGUCCACCCACAGUUGCAGCUUCCGUGCCUACCAAGAUUGUGUGGAAUAAAACACUUUGAAAAAUGCAGUCAAAAUGAUACUCGUUUAAAUGUCUACAAUUUAAUUUUGAAAAUCUGUUUUUUGCGACUUGUUGUGACAAUGAUCUAUCAUAUUCCUGCAACAAAAGUGAGUUUCACUGGAAUCUAUUGCAAUUUUAGUAUUCUAAUCUUCGUUGUGUUAUUACAUAGGGUGCAAACUGUGAACGUUAAUGGGAUCGAAUUUCGGAUAUUUGCUAAAAUAGUGAAAGUCCUAAUUUUAGCUGGUUGAAAGGUCAGAACAGAGUCAAUAGUUUCCGAAGCCACCAAAUUAUGUUGGCCGGAGGGCGAAAUGUGCACCAUUGGGGAGCUGACAAAGGACCUGUAUUGUUGACAUAAGGGACUGCUGGGUUCAAAAAUGAGGGACCAAAAAUUCUACUUAACCUGUAAGACCAUUUCAUCUUUAUAAUUAACACUGCGCAGAAUCACAGAAAAUCUAUCAACUCAGAUUUAACUCAGUAGCCAUUUCUUUAGAAAAACGGGACAACAACCAGCUUCCAAAUUAAGACUGAAUUGAAGAAUUUUCCACAAUUCUGUCCUAUCUUCAGUUUUAAGACAAAAUAGGCUGAGACUAAGACUGGACUAGAGGCAGAAACUAGGUCAAAUUUCAGGUCUGAGAUUGUUUUUGGAGAAGAAUUGAGAGGCUCAGCCUGCAACUCACCUUCUCUAUUUACAAUUUGUUUCCCAAAGGUUAACAAAGAUUAAAUCUUAUUUGUUUACAAUCCAUUGAGGAUUAUGUGAUCAAUCCAGCACAACGCUUUUCCGAAAUUAUAUUAAAGUGCUCAGUGCCAUGAUUUGGCCUAACUCAAGUUAUGCUACAUUUGGCAGUAUGAAGUGAUAAUUCCCUGCUUAGCUGAAGUGUUAUGUGCAGAUUUAAAUAUCCAUCCAACAUGAAAGUAUACUGCCGAACAAAAUUAUAUUUUAGUGCCAUGGCUCAUCGUAUUGCUUUUAGCAUCUGGCACAAGCACUGGAAGCAAUGGAUUUCUGUCCAGUAUGUUUUAGACCAAUUUAUUUUAGUUUUCUCCUCUAGUGGUUGAGAUAUGCACACCUACAGCAAAGCCAAAGGGAUUAAACCCGGGGUCUUCCUAUUGAUAUAUUUCAAUAUUGAACCAUAGAAAUUUACAAGAAUAUUCAACACAACAAGUUCAUGUUGGCUCUUUUAAAAGCAAUACUUUCGGUCCCAUUUUCCUGCCCUUUCCCAAUAGCCAGCAGAACAGAACAUGCUGCAAUGAACAAACAACUUUAUUUUAUUGGCAAAGUUCAAUGUGUUACGUUUAAGUCAAUCUGCAUAGACAAGACACUUUACGAUUUACUAAAGCCAGAUACAGGCAAAAACAAUUUUGGAGUAAGAUAUUCAUCAAGCCAUUUCAGUUUACUGGUAUAUUUGGCCUAUAUUUAAGCCAUUGACAUGAGGAGACUAUUAAGAGAACAACAACAGCAACCUGCAUUUAUAUAGCACCCCUCACUCAGGGUAAGAUCUCAGAGCUCCUGUUGAGAAGCAAAGUUGAAUCCUUUUUAAUAAAAUGUAUUUUUCAUCAGCAUUUUUAAAACUUAUACCCCAUUAAAAAUGUUUAUGCUGUUCACUAUCCAAUUUAGAAAGCUUUUUUAUAACAGUUCAUUAACUAGAAUAGAGCUUUAUAAUAGGACAUUGACCUCUUUCCUGCAUAAGAAUAUUUCAUUCAGAGUAAUACACAUUUUGGCCAAAUCGGCCACUAACACGAUUUCCCAUUUUUGUUGCACAUUGCCAAAACUCUGCUUGUUAACACCGAAUAUAAUUUUUACCUCUUUGCGAAGAAUGACAAAAGAAUACUUUAGCAUAUUUGUCUCAAGGCCAUCCUCUUUCACUGUGCCUUUGGUCACCCACCUAUCUCCAACCACCCCUCCUGAUCCCA